AUAAAGUUGCUCUUAAGUCCUCGAUUAUUUUGAUUUUUUUCAUGAAUUACAGUGGUUGGAUUGACCAGAGGAUGAUGUUUUCUUUGUAAAACGUUUUAUCGUAAAUUUUUCUUCUUUUUUGUGCGAUUUCUGCUUCUUUUUGGUGUAAAUUACUGCUUUAGAUGCUAUUUUUUUGUCCCAAUAAUUGAUGAACUGUUGGUUUUGGUGAAGUAGAAUUUACUGGGACUAAGCAGUCUUUGGAAGAUUUUUUUUUUCUUUUUGUGAUUCAAUACUGCUGAUUUUGUUUGAGGAUAUUUUUGCAAUUUAUUUAUCUGAGAUCACCUUGAUGCCUUGUACCCUAGGUUCAUGAUGCUCUAACUUUGGAUUCUCACUAAUUGGCAGUUAUGAACUUUUCUGAUGGAAUUAAGCUAUAUUUUCCUUUUUCUCUAUGCCCUUAUCCAUGCAUAUUUACAAUAUUGAUUAUCCUUUUUGUGAAAUUUUAAUGUUCAGUUUUCUUUAUUGUUUGUCUGAAAGGAACAAGGAAUCUAAGUAUUAAGGGACAAGGAGUUUUCAGUGCUAAGUAAGAAGAAUUUUUAUCUCCUUAUUCUUUUGAAUGUGUUUUAGGGUUUUCGAGGAGUUAAAGUUAUCGGUGGAUGUGCUGAAAAGGCAUCAUGAAUCAUGAGGUUUUCACUCUUAAUGAACUGGAGGUGGAGAACUUUGAGAUACAAGAAGUACUACGCUGUAUUCUGCAUACAAUUGUGUUUCACAGAGCGUUAGGCCUUGUUCGACCUAGAGACAUUGAUUCUGAGCUGUUUGAUAUAACUUAUGUUCAAUGUGGAGACCCUGAUGUAGAAAAGAAAUUAGAGGAAAAAAUUGAUCAGUUCAUUGCUUGGGUUGAAAAGCAUCCGAACAAGAAAAGCCAGAUGUGCAUAUCCUUUUAUGAGAUAAAGAACAAGCAGGCAGCAUGGUUUACUAAUAAAACUGAGCGCUUGUGCUGGGAGCAAUGGUUCAUUAAUCUAAGUGUAGUUUCCUCAAAAUCACCCACUGGAAAAUCUCAUCAUCUGAAACCUUUGGCUGUAGAUCCGUCAGAGACGGCGGUAGAGGAAAUGAGUGCGCAUCGUGCUUCUUUGGAGAAGUCACUCCGUGAAGUGUUGUUUAAAAUCAUAACGCUUGUUAAUGAAAAGAAGGACCACAUUCCUCCUGUACAGAAUCAGGAUGUUGUUUCUUUCCCAUAUGAAAUCACAAUCCCCAGCUCAUCAGACUCUUCCUUUGGCAUGGACAUGAUCAAGCGAAUGCUUCAGACAGGGCAUCCAACCAUGCUCAGGGUUGUCAAUAACAAAAUGGGAGGCUGAUUUGCGAGCUAUCUCAUGAAUGGAAUGAAGACAUGCGUCGCAUAUGUAAUCCUAUUUCUUAUCUUAUUUUUGUACAGUUAUUUGAUCAUGGAGUAGGCCCUGGCUUACCGUACGCUGUACAUUACAAAUGGUGAUUUUCAAAGUUCUAUUUAGCUGGUCAUCUCUGCUUGUGCCAUCUUUUUAAUGGUCCAAGUGACAAAAAUAUAUGAAAAUCAAUGGAGAACGAUGUUCAUCCAUCAUUGGGUUGGUAGUUGUCAAGGAGAUGAGAAUUUGGUAGAAUUGAAGGAACCGAGUAGCCUGUUUGUGUUUCUUUUUCUUCUCUUGUUCACAUAAUUCCUCAGAAAAAUUUGA